AAUAACAACAACGAUUGUCCGAGUUAUUACUACGAGAACACUCGUUAACUGUAGUACUCAAUAAAUGAGCACUCUGUACGCUUAACAAUAGGAUUAUAAUGUAAAUUGUUUGCCUGCUUAAGAAGAAAGUAAAUAAAAAUGUGGCUAAAUGAUGAAAUUUUGUUAUUACUCUCUCGUAAGAAAUAUCCGUGGAUCGGUACGGUGUUACUUAGUGUUUACUUUACGAUCACCUUUGCAAUAGUGCUUGUAGGAAUAGCAUUAUUGUUACUAUGUUUCGGAAUAAAAUUACGCACAUUAUGGGAUUUAAUUUUACUGGAGCCAUAUCUUACAACAGAUAAUACCAUUUUACUUUCGAUUUCAAUCAUGAUAAUGGCAAGUGCUAUUCUUGGAAUAAUAUCAGCCUUUACAUAUUCUCAAAGAGGUCUGUUAACGAGUCUGUUAUUAAUCUUUGUAAUAUUCUCCAUUACCAAUAUAUAUACAAUAGGUUUUAGAGAAAAAAAUUAUAUAUCUGAAUUAGACCUUUAUUUACUUUUGAGCAAAAUAAUGAGACAAAAUAAAUUUACUAUUUCAUUCCAUUUGAUGCAAAAAAGUCUUUCUUGUUGCGGAAUUCGUUAUUACGAAGAAUGGGUAGACAGGUACGGAAUUAUUCCAGGAUCUUGUUGCCAAAAUUCGACUCUAUAUUGUAAUAAGGAUGAUCCAUCAUUAUUUAAAGAUGGUUGCUUCGAUAUAAUCACUAAAAUAUUAAACAAAACUUAUCAAAAUUCAAUUGAAAUAAUUAUAACAUUAAAUGUUUUCUUCAUAAUCAUAUUAUUUUCGGGAUAUUUCAACUAUUACAUUCUGCAGAAAAUGAAAAGAAACAAAACGACAUUUAUUACAUUACCAAGAAUACUGGUACCAAAUGAUUCAAAAAUGAAAGUAUAUAAUAAGAAUUGCCAACAAACACCAUCUACAUUGGACAACAAUACAGUCCAAGCAGGAAACAAUACAGUCCAAGCAGGAGACAAUACAGUUCAAAACAAUAGUCCUGUCGUUUACAAUCCUACUCCUCCUGUCCCUCCUCCAAUUAAUGAAAAUAUUGAACCGUUAUACCCUUAUUUAACCAUGCCUGAACCGAGUAUUCGAAGAUACUAACGUCUAAAACAAUUUCAAUUAAUUUUAUUUGGUUUAAAUAUUACACAUCGUUAUUAAAAUCUGUAAAGAAACAAUCUAUCGUUUAUAUUCAUAAAUUUUGUUAAUUAUAUUCCAAAAUUGAUAUGUAAUUUCAUUAACUGGUAUUAUAAGGAUGUUAUUUUUGUUAUAAUAAAUAAUUAUUAGCGCAAA